AUGGCGGCACGAGCCCCGAACUCCUAUCUGGCUACCCGGCCCACGAUCUUGGGUCUCGCUAAGGUCCUAGUCCUCUCGCUCGCGCAGGUACCCUUCGUUCGAGCUGCUCCUAUUCACGCCUCACGUUUGUUCUUCGCGGCCGACGACGAGGAGGGAAAAGACCCCAGUGAUCCUUCACUAUGGAUAUACCUCAGUGUUGCGGCAGCGCUGGUGCUGCUCGGUGGAGCAUUCGCCGGAUUGACCAUUGCGUUGAUGGGACAGGACGAGAUAUACCUGCGAGUCAUCCGCGAUUCCGGCGAAGGUGCUGAGAAGAAGCACGCUACCAAAGUACUGAAUUUGUUGCAAAAAGGAAAACACUGGGUGCUUGUCACGCUGCUACUGAGCAAUGUCAUCACAAACGAAACCCUGCCCAUCGUUCUGGACCGUUCGCUGGGAGGAGGAUGGCCGGCUGUUCUAGGAUCGACAGUUCUCAUCGUGAUCUUUGGCGAGAUUGCACCACAGUCGGUCUGCGUCCGCUACGGCCUACCCAUCGGUUCCUGGAUGGCGCCAUUCGUCCUCAUCCUCAUGUACAUCCUUGCACCCAUCGCGUGGCCGACUGCAAAACUACUCGAUUAUCUACUCGGAGAAGACCAUGGCACGGUAUACAAGAAGACGGGCCUGAAAUCAUUGGUUUCUUUACACAGAAAUUUGGGCGAACCUGGACAGCAGCUCAAUGCUGAUGAAGUCACCAUCAUCAGUGCUGUGCUAGAUCUUAAAGAGAAGCCGGUCGGCAGUAUCAUGACACCGAUGGACGAUGUCUUCACUCUGUCACUUGACGAUGUUCUCGACGAGGCCACCAUGGACGACAUUCUUUCUCGGGGUUAUUCUAGAAUCCCGAUCCACCAUCCAGACAACGAUUCAAAUUUUAUCGGCAUGUUGUUGGUCAAGAUGCUCAUCACCUACGACCCGGAAGAUGCCAAACCCGUCCGAGACUUUGCCUUGGCUACCCUGCCAGAAACUCGACCUGACACGAGCUGCUUGGACAUUGUCAACUUCUUCCAGGAAGGCAAAUCUCACAUGGUGCUGGUGUCUGAGUAUCCAGGAGACGAUCAUGGUGCCCUCGGUGUCGUCACUCUCGAAGACGUCAUUGAGGAGCUCAUUGGCGAGGAAAUUGUGGACGAAUCUGAUGUCUUUGUUGAUGUGCACAAAGCCAUCAGACGAGCAAUGCCGGCACCUACACGCCGCAUUCCGAAGUCUUACUUUGUUUCUGAGCCGCCCACAGCAAAUGGCGCAGCUGCGGAUUUGGUAAACAUUGGCGAAGGCGAAACUUUGGAAGCUUCCGAGCUGCAAAGGGCCAAGACCGCCGACAAUUCACAAAUGUCGAAAAUCCUCCAGAACGUUCGUCGUAGAUCGAGUGCCGGAAACAGUCUCACUGGGGAUCCCAAGACAGGCCCGAGAGGGCCGAGACUGAGUACAGAUGAUGCAAUCAAAGAACAACUUAGACACCUGGGUCACUUGGGUCCAUCCAAUCUUGCGAGUCGACCGAGGUCAACACGAUACACCACAGUCAAAAUCAAACCUGGCACAGAUACAACGCCGAAGCAAGAUGUCAUUGAUGGUCGAGCGACACCCUCUCGAAGGGUUUCAGACGCGGCUUCUAGCUUGCACGCUGGCAUCGGAGAGGGUGUGGUGAAGUCGGGAGGUAAAGAGGCCAGCGAUGGUGUCCAAGCUUUGCACCAAGGCUAUGGGACUAUUUCCGAUUCGCCGACUGGACGACCAGCCAGCCGCACUAAGGGAACACAAGUUGAUCUUGCAGGAAGCUCCAGUCCGACACGAAAUGGCGAAGGCACGAAUAAUGGCCACGAUACAUCCAGACCUGUAGCACGAACAUUUGAAAGUCACAGUACCAUUCGCAGUCUACCUGGCUCAAGAUCUCGGUCGAAGAGCCCCUUCUACAAGUCCAAGGGCCCUGCGAGAAGUGGUAGCAUUACUGAAAAUAUUAUUGAUGCUAAUGGGUUCCGCAAAGUCGUAUUGGAGACGACAUCCAGCAGCGAGUCCAACGAGGAGGAAGUCAACGGUGGCGGCAACAAAGGUCAUGCACCGACCGCUGACGGCGAGGAAUCUGGUGUCAAGCUUCGAGGAGGUCUCGAAGACCACAACCAACAUAGUGAGACAGGGAAAAAGAAAAAGCGCCGAAGACGGAAGCAGAAGCAUGGAAAGGGAGAACAUGAGCCAUUGUUGGCAGACAAACAAAGCUAG